AUGAGGAGAGAAAGGGGAGAAAGACUGCAUGGUUGUCGGUCAAUGGCGUGUCGACUCAUCAAAUGUAGGUAUUUUGUCCUGUCUCUCUUCAUUUUGAUGAGCCACGCCUCAAUUUUGAUAGACUGCCCGCCUGACUGGGAUGAGUUCCGUUCCAACUGUUACCACUUCGUCUUCUACCCCACACAGGAUGCCACGGCCGCUAGUGUCAACUGCCAGCUCGACGGAGCUAGUCUACUGAGUAUACACAGUGGGGAAGAACAUCAGUUCAUUGCGAACUGGUUGGACAGACACGAUAUUAAUAGAGCCAGCACGUGGCUUACAAGUGGCGUUGGUAACGGUUCCACCCUCAGAUGGCAAGGAGAUGGGCACGUUGGAUAUUUGGGCCUCCAGCCUUGGGCAGACGACUGUGCAGCUUUCGACGUUGAUGACGUCAUCGUCUAUAAAUACUCACUUCGAGACAAUUCCUAUCUCUGGAGCAGAUCUCCCAAAACCGUCUCUCUGUCAUACAUCUGUGAAAUCCCCAAAGUGGAAGCGUUCAGAAUCGGGCGGCCUGCAAGAGAUUACAGUUACGGAAUUAACAGCGCUAAUCCAGGACUACUAGACAGAGGUCCCAAAUUCACAAUAGUUCCUCAAAGCGUCAUCAUAACCGGUCGAAUGAGCUCCACGUAUCUCGAGUGCGCAGCUUCCGGAUACCCACUUCCGGUAUACAGGUGGUUUAAGCUGAAUACUGACGGCUCCAUUCCAGCGCACGCACUGACGUCACAGACCGACAGCCGUUACACCCUGACCAAUGGGAGGCUGACAAUCGUCAACAUCAGCAGCAAGAUAGACCCGGGGGACUACCAGUGUAUUGCGCAGAAUCCAUCCGGGUCUAUAAUUAGCGACCCUGUCCACAUAAGUCAUGGGUAUCUGAAUGAGUUUUCAAACGAUCCUCGAGGUCACGUGACAGCACCACUGUAUCAAGGGACGGUGAUAAACUGUAAUCCACCCGUGUAUAAUCCAGCCGUCACAUACCAAUGGUACAAAGGAAGCGCACGGCACUUCGUACGACCACAAUUAAACGCGUACCAGUUUAUCUCCAACAACGGAAAGCUGUACUUCUCGGAAACACAGCGACUCGACGCAGGCGUUUAUUUCUGCGUGGUGACGCUGUCGGCGCCCUCUGGCGAGAACUGGCGCCUCGCAACCACACAGCCGACAAGCAGAACUAGCCUGGGCAUUGAACUUAAACUUGGAGGAGAAGCGGCCACUGACUUCGGACCAACUAUCCACGAUGACUUUCCCGCCGUCUUUCCCAAUCCGUCCUUGAGGGGUCAAACUCUACGAUUGGAAUGUCUGGCGUAUGGAAGAUCGAAAAUGUACUACUCGUGGUCACGUGCCGGAGGUCUUCCAGCAAACUCUAUCCAGACUGACCACAACAGAGUUCUGACAAUAGAGAACGCACAGCUACAAGACUCUGGGUCCUACACGUGCAUUGUUAAGAGAUCAGGCGCGGCCCUGGCUAUGAAAUCACUGUCCGUGUCAGUGCAAGCUGCCCCAUAUUUCGUGAUGCCUCUACAAAACCAGUUCAUUGAUAUCGGAUCUAACCUAGUUUGGCGUUGCCAGGCAACCGCUGUGCCAUCUCCCGUGUACACAUGGCAUAAAAAUAGUCGCCCUAUACUUCCGGUUCAGGGUAUAGUGGAGGUCAAGGGGAACGUCCUGAGAAUAUCUAAAGCGAGUCGUUUUGAACACAGUGGCAUGUACCAGUGUUCUGCGUCCAACAUCCACGGGAUGUCCUUCAGCUCAGCCGAGCUCCGAGUUCUGUCUUUGAAACCAUCGUUCUUGAAGAACCAGGUCAGAGACACUCUUGCCACUGAGGGUGGUAACGCCACCUUCUUCUGUCGACCGGAAGCCGCUCCUGUUCCGGAACUGACGUGGUCUAAAGAUGGCAGCGAAAUUCGAUUGCGUCCAGGGGAUGUGGGUCAAGGUCAUCUUCAGUUUCUACGGAACGGCAACCUCCACAUUUCGCCCGUGUCGCCAGGAGAUGCCGGAGUCUACAGAUGCACUGCUACAAACUCUGAAGGAACAGCUUUCAGUGAAGGCCACCUCUAUAUUUCAGAGCAAACGACCCUGACGGUAGAACCCUCCGACACGACGGUGGUGGUGAAUGAGACGUCGUUCCUGUUGUGCGAGGCGUCGUACGAUUCCGACAUCGACCUCGUGUACGUCUGGCGAUUCAACAGCCACGUGAUCAGUACGCAACACAACCCUCACUACGUACAGGGUCUCCAUGGUGGACAGAGGGGACUGUACAUCAGAUACGCCCAGUACAGACACGGCGGGAGGUACACGUGUACAGCGCUCACUGUACAAGACAGAGCCAGUCACUCAGCACAACUCACCGUCAAAGGACCCCCAGGAGGGCCAGGUGGCGUCUUCGGUGAAAUUAAUCAGCAUGACAUCACACUUCACUGGUACGACGGAACCGAUCGCAACAGUCCUAUCAUGUAUUACGUCAUAGAGUACAGCACCAACUUUAAUCCCAAAUGGCGGGUCAUGGUACAAAGUCUGUCUGUAAAGCAAGCUCUUGACUCAGUGGAAGUCGACAGGCGACAAACGGAUGUGGUUGGCCUGCGUCCAGGGAUGUCGUACAGUUUCCGCGUCAGGGCGGCCAAUGUAUACGGUCUGGGGGAGCCAAGCCUUGCAUCAAUAUUUUACAAGACCCCGGAUGCAGCCCCUGCUGUAGCGCCAAUCCGCGUGGGAGGUGGCGGUGGAAAAGUGGGCACCUUGAAAAUAACAUGGCAGAUUUUGUCCAGGGACGAUGAGGGCGGAGCGGGAAUUGGUUAUCGCGUCUUCUGGCGGCAGAAGGAGAAAGUAAAUGGACUCUGGCUACAGGAAGACAAAUUAGGUCACGUGGGCGAACACGUGGCAGUUGUCGGCACUGACAAGUAUUAUUUGGAAUACGAGGUCAAGGUUGCAGCUUUCAAUGACCUUGGCAGUGGCCCCAACUCGUCGGUUGCUGUUAUUUUCUCUGCGGAAGAUUUGCCGUAUGCAGCGCCACAUAACAUCCAGGCCGCCACAUACAACGCCACGGGUAUCUCCGUGUCGUGGGACCCCAUACCUGAUGAUCGACAGGUGAUGAAGGGCAAGAUCAUGGGAGCCCUGGUCACGUGGUGGUUCUGGCAAAGUACAAACACGAAACAUUACAAAUCGUAUCACUACGGAGCAAACACAACCGUCAUUGUGAUUGGUCUACCCGCUAAUGGUGCAUUCUGGGUCAAAGUACAAGUGUUCAACGGGGCAGGACUUGGACCCGAAACUCAGCCAUAUUAUGUAGAAACUGCGGGUGAAGGUCCCUUGCACUAUCCUGAGUAUGUGAACAUCAGGUCACACGGAGCACACAGUGUGUAUGUGUCAUGGCGAGGCGUAAGCACGGGUCUGCAGGAAGAGGCGAUCAUUGGCUACAAGCUGCGAUACUGGAAAACUGACGAGGACUUGUAUUUGGCGCGUGACGUUAUAAUUGACGACAAACGGACGCACGGUAUCAUUACUGGACUCGAGAAGAAUUGUGUCUACACACUGCGCAUGGUCGGAUAUGGUCUUGGCGGAGACGGAAAGAAGGCACCGCCGGUUUACUUCACUCUAGGUGGCAUGAUUUACUACAAUAAAAUCACGACGGAUAUAAUGGCGACCGGAUUCCGGCAGUUACCCGCCUGGAUUAGUGUUCUGGUCGUGUUUUUAACUGAACAUGGAGGAAUCCAAGAUGGCGGCAGUCUUGUUAGCAGUGUUUGUGUUUAUCAUAAUAUUCCAUACUGUCCUCUAGGCUGGGAGGCGAAUGGUGAGCAUUGCUAUCACUUUGUGUUCGCCCCUCUCCGCCCCUACUACGAAGCAGAGAAAGCCUGCAUUAUGGAUGGAGCUAGCCUGGUGACUGUGAAUGAUGAGGCAGAAAAUAACUUUAUUACACAGUGGCUACAGCAGUUCGGAAAAGCCAGAUCAUACAGCUGGUACACCAGUGGUGUCGACAGAGACGGCGUUUAUGAAUGGGAAGGAGACGGAAGUGACGUCAUGCACGGCGAUUAUUGGAUAUAUCAACUGGAUCACAGAAAAUCACUAGAAAAACUUAAUUUAGUCUACAGUUUUUCAGCUAAGAAAGACAAGUUUGCGUGGAACUGGGCCAGAAGUGAUGAGAAGCUUUACUACAUCUGUGAGAUUGACCGCCAUGAAGUCUUCAGAAUCAACCGUCCUCUCAGGGAUAACACAUACGGUCUGCAGACGACUGAUCUCGCGCGGAUCACGAUGGGACCGAGAUUCACGAAAAUACCUGAGAGUAUCGUUCUGACCGGACGAGAAAUCACCGCCAGCCUGUUGUGUAUGGCGGACGGCUACCCGCUCCCUACGUACAGGUACAGUUAG